AUGGCACUCUCUUCCGUCAGAUACGCUCCGGUGGGACAGAACGAGCGAGAGCAACCGGCCGAUGGUGACAAUGUGCCAUCUUCUCGAGAGAGCGAGGGUCAACUACCAGCCAAUCCUCCAGAAUAUGAAGAAGGCGCAUCUGAUGGACACCUCGCAAGUAUAGAACAAAUGGAGUUCGAAGAACUAAAUGAAAUUGAUGCCAUGGGUAAAGUAGAACAGUUGAGAUAUAAAUUUAAAAGAUACUUGGUCGUCCCGGUCCGCGAACGAAUCACCGACCCACUGGCGGUGCUAAUGUCGUUGGCUUCCCACAAGGUGGAUUUUUAUCUCAACAAGGUGGGAAAUCCGCUUAUUCUGCGAAGAUUUGUAUAUGUGCUGUUUGUGUCAGUCUUCAUUUAUUACGUGUCCUCCAGCGGACUUCUUCCUAAUGAAGAGAAGACAGGGACGCGCGGGAUGUUUUCAGACCAGACACAGCUGAUUUCCUACGCUAAACGAGCUCUGGACCUGUCCAAGAUGGAGAGUGACUUAGAGUUUAUUAGUAGCAUAGCGCAUGUCGCGGGAACCAAGGGGGACCUAGCGGUAUCCCAGUAUAUCGAGGAGGCGUUUACCAACAAUGGGCUGCGGCUAGUUGGUGACGCCGCUUUCGCAACUUACCUUAAUUACCCUGGAAAUGCGACUCUGAACUUGCAGUCAUCCGCGGGCCAGAGCUUGCAGUUGGAGUUGACAGACGAGAAUUUCAAUCCUCUGAGCGUGAAAGGCGAAGUUAAAGGUGCUAGACUGCUGUAUGCCAACUGCGGCUCCUACCAGGACUUUCAAAAGCUUGCAGAUCAAAAUCUGAUCACCGACAAUACAGCUGUAGUUUUGCAGUACGAUUCUUAUCCUGGAGAACAGGUUAUGCGAGCCCAGGAAUUCGGUGUCGAAGCCGUCAUAUUUAUAUCUGACGGCUAUGGAGAGGACGAGAUCGACAGUGUUCAAAGGAUAUCUGUUCAGAAUUUUCGAUAUAGUAUGGGCGACCCCCUCACUCCCGGUUGGAGCUCCACGCUUGCUAAUCGUCUCGCAUUGAGUAAGUCUACCAUAAUUCCACAGAUCCCAACCAUACCAAUUUCCAGACGGCAGGCUGAGGCUAUUAAACUUUUGUUCUCUGAAGAGCAAGGGGUAAGGUACGAAAACGGAUGGUUCAGUGGUGGUCCUGACGAAGUAUUGGUGAAUUUCUCGUUGGAACCUACAGAGAGAGCAGAGCAUGCACAUUGGAGCAUUGUUGGGAAAAUAGAAGGAAGAGAGCAGAAUGAUCGGGCCAUAAUCAUCAGUGCGGCGCGUGACGCAGCAUGUACAGGAUCUACCUAUCCAAAUUACGGUACAGCAACGUUGCUGUCACUGGUUCAAUUAUUUCAACAGACCAAGUACAAAUUUGGCUGGAAGCCAUUACGAAACAUUUACUUCAUAUCAUAUGACGCGUCCCAGUAUGGCCAUGCGGGUGCUACGGAACUAUUAGAGUCAGAAGCCCACAAGAUACGAGAAGAAAUUUACUCAAUCCUAGAUAUAAGCCAGCUGGGUAUUGAUCCCGAUUCCCCACGGCUCGACAUUCAAUCUCAUCCUAUGCUGUCCAAGUUUUUUGAAAACGAGAAUUCCAAAAUGGGGUUAGAGAUCCAGGUUCGUGACAUUCAGCAAUUUGGUGACUGGAGCGCCUAUCUUGCUAACGGCAUACCGGCUGCCAUUUUAGCGUCACCCCACGUCUUGGAGAGAAAAUACCCGAUUUACUCCUGUAGCGACACUUUUGAUAGGCUUUUAGCCAAAGGGGGAGAAGAGUAUUGGACAAGGACGGCCGACGUUGUUCUAUACGUUUUCCAGACAGCUUUGAAGCUUAUAGAUGAACCUAUGGUUCCGUUUGAUAUUGAGAAUUAUGUGGCAGCCAUUGAGCAUGCUUUGCAAAAUAUCCAGCAGAGUGCUGGAAAGCUACAACUGGAUUUCAAAAGUUUGACUGAAAGCAUUGAUGCAUGGAAGCAAAUUGGGCAACGACUUUCUUCGUGGGUACGGGCGUGGAACAACAUCGUAAUGGUUGAAAAUGGAGGGCUCGAGCCUUCGCUACUUUCCGUUAAUCGGUGGACUUGGAACAGAAAAAUUGCAAACCUUGAAAAACACCAUUGCGCUUCUGCCGGGAUUCCAAAUCGCCCGUUUUUCAAGAAUGUUCUGUUCGGACCGCCAUUUAAGAAUCAAAUAUCACAGGGUUCUUGGACUUUUCCGGGGAUAAGGGAUGCCAUUUUUGAUGGUGAUCAGGCUCGUGCACAGGAUCAAAUCGCACUUGCUACUGACCUGCUGCGCAAUUCAGCGGUCUUGAUAAUGGAAAACGCAGAAAAUGUUGACUAA